AUGGCGCAAUCCUCAGACACGACUGGUCCGGUGACAGCAGCAUGCCACUGCGGCGCAGUGAAGAUUACAGUGUCCAGAAAACCCAAAGAGAUCAACGAGUGCCAGUGCACGCUCUGUCGGCGGUACAGAGCAGCGUGGGCGUACUACGACCCCACGGACGUGGACGUCCUUGUGAUGAACGACACCCAGCCUCGAGAGUACCUUUGGGGCGACCGUGAGAUCCGCUUUCGAUUCUGCGGUGCAUGCGGGUGCGUGACGCACUGGAGAUCUGUCGAUGAAGGGGGCCAAGAAAUGGGCGUCAACACGCGAAUGAUGCAUCCCGAUCUUCUGAGGGAUGCGAAUCGAAAGGUCGACAACGAGCAGUUGUCGGUGCCGCUGAAGUCUAGGGACAGCGCGCAUCCUGAAGAUCAAGCACGGUAUUUGUGA